AUGUUCGCCAACCGUUUUGCCCUUGGCAUAAGACCAGUCUUGAGAGCCUCUUCUAACAUCACCGCCAGAAAAACCGUGCUCAAGGCCUCUUUGAACACCGUCAGCACUACCCCAAAUGCCGAAGAUGAGAUUUUGAUUGCCCAAAGAAAAAACCGUCCUGUUUCUCCACACUUGGACAUUUACCAACCACAAAUGACCUGGUAUUUGUCCGGUCUUCACAGAGUCACUGGGGUCUUUUUGGCUGCCGGUUUCUACGGGAUUACCUGUAGUUAUGCCGCCGCUUCUUUGCUUGGUUUGAACUUUGAUGCCACUGUUAUUUACCAAACCAUCACUGACUUGCCAGACCUUGUUAAAUACGCCGCCAAGGCCACCAUUGCUUUCCCAUUCGCCUUCCACUUCUUCAACGGUUUGAGACAUUUUGUUUGGGAUUCCGGUAAGGAAUUGUACAUCAAGGGUAUCUACAGAACUGCCUAUAUCUGCUUGGGUCUCACUGCAGUUGCUGGUACUUACUUGACUUUCCUUUCUUAA